AUGGUGAAAGGCCAGAAGGAGAAGAGAGAUCAAUUCCCAACAAUCAUCACCUGCCCCAAUGAGAUGGUGGCUUUGUCCAUGGCAGAUGGAUAUGCCCGAUUGACCGGCCAGCCUCAAGCUGUCAUUGUUCACGUGGAUGUUGGAACACAAGGGCUCGGCGCAGCAGUGCACAAUGCCUCGUGCGGGCGCGCUCCCGUUCUCAUCUUUGCCGGUCUUUCGCCUUAUACCAUUGAGGGCGAGAUGAAAGGCUCACGCACAGAGUACAUCCAUUGGAUCCAAGAUGUGCCUGACCAAAAGCAAAUUGUUGCGCAAUACUGCCGAUACACCGGUGAAAUCAAAACUGGCAAGAAUGUGAAGCAAAUUGUGAACCGCGCACUUCAGUUCGCAACUAGUGACCCACAAGGCCCGGUGUAUCUGAUGGGUGCACGAGAGGUGAUGGAAGAGGAGAUUGAGCCGUACCAACUCAGCCAGAAUGUUUGGAAUCCGGUAUCACCAGCCGCACUACCCGCGUCGGGAGUUGAAUUCAUCGUUUCUGAACUGGCGGCGGCGAAGAACCCGUUGGUUAUCGCCGGGUACACAGGCAGAAAGGCUCAGGCAGUAACCGAGCUGGUCAGCUUGGCUAACAAUUUCAAGGGAAUCCGUGUCCUGGAUACCGGUGGUAGUGACAUGUGUUUCCCUGCCAAUCACCCAGCAUGGCUCGGAAUGAGAUUUCCAGGACACGAAGCUGUUGGAACCUCAGAUGUCAUUCUUGUGAUUGACUGCGAUGUUCCCUGGGUUCCCACUCAGUUCAAACCAUCUGCCUCAGCGAAGAUUAUACACAUCGAUGUUGAUCCCUUGAAGCAGCAGAUCCCAGUCUUCUACCUCAACGCGAUGGCUACUUUCAGGGCCGAUUCAUCUACUGCCCUGAAGCAAAUCAAUGACCAUGUUGCUUCCCAGGGUUCUCUGCAGCAGUUUAUUGGAUCCAAAGAGAACAUCACCAUGGGCCAGACCCGAGAUGCAGAAUACCUGCAGCGCCGACAAGAGAUCCAAGAAUUGGCUGUCGUGCCCGAAGGCGGCGACGAUGCUGCACUGAACAUCAGCUAUCUGAUCGGCCAAGUGCGCCAGAGGGUUCCCGACGAUACUAUUUGGGCCAUUGAGGCUGUGACAUGCGGCCAUUUCGUCGCCGAUCAAAUUUCAGCCACCUUGCCAAAGUCUUGGAUCAACUGUGGAGGUGGGGGUCUUGGAUGGUCCGGUGGUGGUGCCCUGGGCAUCAAGCUUGCUAGCGAUAUGCAGCAUGGAGGACCAGGAAAGGGCAAGUUCAUUUGCCAGGUUGUUGGCGAUGGCACAUUCCUAUUCUCAGUGCCUGGAUCUGUCUACUGGGUGGCACGCCGAUAUGGAAUUCCCAUUUUGACCAUCGUCUUAAACAACAAGGGGUGGAAUGCUCCGCGUCGGAGCAUGCUACUCGUCCACCCUGAGGGUGAUGGCUCCCGUGCGACGAACGAAGACCUCAACAUAUCCUUUGCCCCUACACCGGAUUACGCAGGUAUUGCCAAGGCUGCUGCAGGUGGUGAGCUGUGGGCUGGUCGUGCAGCUACUGUGGCUGAGCUUGCGCAGAAGCUGCCGGAUGCCAUCAAGAGUGUUCUUGAUGGCAAGGCGGCAGUCUUAGAAGCGCAGCUCGAUGGAACGACAGGAAAGUAUGUUGAGCAGCCUUGA